AUGUCGCAAAUCACAGACGAGUCUCUACGUGAGGCCAUCAAGCAGCGCCUCGAGGCUACUCACGUUGAAGUCACAGACAUGUCGGGCGGCUGUGGUCAAGCCUUCAACUCAGUCAUCGUCUCUCCUCAAUUCCAGGGCCUCAACUCUCUCAAGCGUCACCGACUCGUCAACGCCGCCCUCAAGGACGAAAUCGCCAUUAUCCACGCCUGGACCGCCAAGUGCCAGACACCUGAGGAGUACGCAAAGACGAGCGCAGCCAACGACACCGCGCAAGCGUAG